UCAGUCAUCUACAAUUCGGCAGCGUUUAUAAAGCCGAUUGACGCAAUUAGCAUCAAAUUGAGCGCAAAAUCAAGCUUAUUGAGGAUCACAAGGGGUGCGAAUAUGAAGCUGGUUGUCCUGCUUAUGUUGGGUCUCGCCGGGGCCAAUUGCGCUCGCAUCCAGUCUAGGGUCGCUGAGGACUGCAAUCCCGACAUCUGCAACAGCCAAAGCUGCCGAUGCUUCAACCCUGGUGUCACUCCUGGAGGACUCAGCCCGCAAGAUAUUCCGCAGAUUGUCCUGGUCACAUUUGAUGAUGCCGUGACCUCGUUGUUAUACAGCAACUACUACUCAGACGCAUUCGCUAACCGCCAAAAUCCAAACGGUUGUCCUGUUGGGGCCACGUUCUUCAUGUCCCACGAGUACUCUGAUUACGAAAGUGUCAACAAGUUGUGGAACAGCGGACACGAAAUUGCAUUGCACUCGAUUACACACACUUCCUCCCCUGACUACUGGACCCAGGCCACGGCUGAUGAACUGGCGAAGGAGUUCAAUGAUCAGAGAGACAUGAUUGCCCACUUUGCAAAUAUCCCCUCGGCUGACAUUUCGGGUCUCAGGACCCCAUUCUUGCUACUUGGUGGAGAUGCUACUUUCCAGAUGAUAACCGACAACAAUUUCUUGUAUGACUGCUCCUGGCCGACGCAAUCUUUCGUCGGAAAAGGCCUGUACCCUUACUCCCUUGAUUACAAGAGCAAUCAGGAUUGCAACGUCGGUGUUUGUCCGACCGAAUCUCAUCCUGGCGCUUGGGUGCUGCCUAUGGUCGAUUGGAUUGGCGCGAACGGCUAUGCUUGCGCUAUGGUCGACACUUGCGUCAGUGGUGCCACUGGUGCAAACGAGCUGCUCGAAUUCAUCAAGACCAAUUUCCACCGACACUACGACAAUUACAGGGAGCCAUUCGGAUUCUAUGUGCACGCAGCUUGGUUCAAUACUAACUCCACCAACUAUGAAGCGUUUAAAAUGUUCUUGGACUAUGUUGGCACCUUGAACGACGCUUAUGUGGUAACUGCAAAGCAGGCGAUCGAGUGGACGAGAAACCCUACCAACACUGGUGGAGCGGCCAACACGUUUGGCUGCCCAGCAAAAGAGCCUGCAGUCUGCAAUAAGAGGACGUGCAACCUGCAAAAGCCCGGCGAGGGGGAGAGAAUAAUGGUUUCCUGCGUUGACUGCCCGCCCAACUAUCCCUGGCUGGGAAAUCCACUGGGGCAGUAGAAAUUAAACUCGCUUUGAUUUAAUGUUAAAAACUAUCUGUAUUGGAGGUUUUCAGUAAUUGCUGAAGUGGUUUAACCUGUAAAAUAAACAAAUCAGUAACUUAA